AGAUAGUCUUGUUAGGAGUGAUCCGUGCGAGGACCAUGUUGUGGAUAGUGAUACAGUUUUCGUUUAUAAUAACUUUUUGCAAUGUGCUUAUACAGUGUGAAGUUCAUCAAGAAAGACCUAAAAUAAAAACAUCUAAUGGUGAUCUAAUUUUAGAACCAGCAUACAACAAAAACAUUUAUUUGCGACGUAAUGGACCCAAGUCAUCAGUAUACUUGGGUGGCCUAAAUGUACUUAAUAUCAAUACUUCUUCUGCACCGGCACAAUAUCAACCGGCUUCUGGCAGUGAAUUCGAGAAUGAUCUUCAAGAUAUAAAUGGCAUAUCUGAAAGAUUGCACAGACUUGAAAAUCAAAAUACUCCCUUGCCAGUCGACUUACUAUUUAAUAUAACGUUACUUUCAAGAAAAAUCAAUAGACUUAAUAAUAGAGUUUCCUUACUGAGGACACAAAUGGGUAGAAGAGUUAACAAUUGUGAGUCUAAUCCAUGUCGUCACGGUGGAACUUGCCUAAACUUGGUAACGGGAUACCAUUGUCUUUGUCCAUCAAAUUGGGAGGGACCGAAAUGCGAAGACGAUGUGAAUGAAUGCCGCAACUUCGCCGGUACAGACUUGGGCUGCCAGAAUGGUGCAACUUGCAUUAAUAGACCAGGAUCUUACGAAUGUUUUUGCCGAACAGGAUGGUUUGGCCUCCACUGUACGAGGAAAGCUAAAGAUUGUUCUGGCGGUGAUUUCGAAAUGUGUGGAUAUGGUACUUGCUUAACAGUAACCUCUGGAGAUGGCAUCAAGUGCAUCUGCGAUCAAGGUUGGACAACGAAUGGGACAGGAAUUGCUUGCCUUACUGAUGUGAAUGAAUGUGAACAAGGUGUCCGGUGUUCUGUAAAUCCCAGAGUCGAAUGUAUAAAUCUUCCUGGUUCAUUUCGAUGCGGUGCUUGUCCACCAGGUUUUGAAGGUAAUGGGUAUGUCUGCUACGACAUCGACGAGUGUCUCACUUUGCCUAACGGUGGUUGCAGUAUUACUCCUUUCGUCACUUGCCAUAAUACAAUCGGAUCAAGAAUUUGUGGUCCCUGUCCAAUGGGAUUCCAGGGUGAUGGCGUUACUUGCACUUGGAGAGGCUCCUGUAGUAUAAAUAAUGGCGGUUGCCAUCCGUCUGCGCGUUGUGUGGAAAGCCGGUUUAGUUUCACUGCGAGGAUGGGACAGUGCGUCUGUCCGGAUGGAAUGUAUGGAGAUGGUAUCGGCGUUCAAGGAUGCUACGUUCCAAACUCAGGUAAUGUAACUCUUCAAUGUGAAGACAAUCCAUGUGGUGAGCAUGGACACUGUCAUUCAGUUAGAACUGGCUAUACUUGCAUCUGCCAAAAGGGUUUUAACGGUGUGCAUUGUGAAAAUCCUGCAAAUUUAUGUCAAAGUAAUCCUUGUCAAAAUGGAGGUAGCUGCCGCUUGGACGAAAAUUCACCUGGGGGUUUUAGAUGUGAGUGUACUGCUUUAUAUUCUGGAGACUUGUGCCAGUCACACACAACUCUUUGUGGUGGUGUAUUAAAUCACGAAGAAGGAAGCAUAAUAUAUCCUCUAAGUAAUGCUACCUAUAGUCAUAAUGCUCGCUGUGCAUGGGUUAUUCAUACGAUACCAGAAAAAGUUAUAAAUGUAACAUUCAGUAAAUUUAAUUUAGAAUCGAGCCCAGACUGUCUCUAUGACUUCUUACAAAUACAUGAUGGUAGAAGCUCAGCUAGUCAGUUAAUUGGAAGAUUUUGUGGUAGUCAAUUCCCUAAAGGAGGAAAUAUUGUAUCUAGUCAUAAUAAUUUAUAUUUCUGGUUUCGAUCAGACCAAAGUAUUGCUAAGGAUGGUUUUGCUUUACAUUGGACUAGUACAAACCCAGUGUGCGGGGGCGAAAUCGAUGCCAGUACUCAUGGUCAUAUCAGCUCACCUGGCUCUCCCGGUAGGUAUCCACCAAAUAGAGAUUGUUACUGGCGUCUCACCACUGCAAUUGGGAAAAGGAUACAAUUACAUUUUUUCGCGCUUGAUAUUGAAUCGCAUGUUAACUGCAGUUUUGACUAUAUUGCUAUAUAUGACGGCGGGCAUGUCAAGGAUCCUCUUAUAGAAAAAUAUUGUAACUCAACCCAACCUGCUCCUUUGCAAUCGGCUGGUUCAGAACUUUUAAUUCAUUUCCAUUCUGACGCAUACAAUUCUGGUUUCGGUUUCCAAAUCGCUUAUGCCCCAGUGGAAGGUAUACCAGGCUGUGGUGGAUACUUUACUGGGUACAGAGGCGAAAUAACGUCGCCUAAUUACAACGGUAAAUAUAUCAGUAAUUUAGAAUGUGAAUACAAAAUUAAAACAAGUGAAGACACAAAAAUCCGUAUUAAUUUUGUUUCUUUUGCACUAGAGAAUUCGUUUCGAUGCAAGUAUGAUUACGUUAAGAUUUAUGACGGGCCUUCUAGUGAUUCUCGUUUCGUUGGUAAAUUUUGUGGUACAUCAUAUCCUAAAUCAUAUACCUCAACAUCUAAUACGUUAUUUAUUAUAUUUAAAUCAGAUCAUACAAUGACUUCAGAAGGUUUCAGAAUGACUUAUGAAUCUAUUUGUCAUAAACAAUUAUAUGGGGAUAGUGGCAUUAUACAAUCGCCGGGAUAUCCCUUCAGUUAUCCGGAAAAUAAAGUUUGUGAAUAUAUUAUUAAUACUUCUCCAGGGAAAUCAAUACAAUUAACAUUCCAAGAUUUUAAUAUUGAAAAUAACAGUUACUCCGAUUGCAUAUACGAUAAUGUUGAAAUUAGAGACGGACCCGACAUCAACUCAACAUUACUUGGAAGAUUUUGUGGGUCGGAACUAUUACCUCCAGUUCAAACUUCGACAUUUAACAUUAUGUAUAUAAGAUUUAGGUCCGAUAUGAGUAUAACAGGUGCCGGAUUUUACGCUAACUAUACAACAAUAGAUACUGAAUGUGGUGGAAUUCACAGAGAUACUACGGGGGUAAUAAGUCACCCAUCGGAUUCAGAAACGAGUUACAAAGAUAACCAAUCUUGUACUUGGAUGAUAAUUGCUCCUGAAGGAAUGCAUAUUAAGCUUACCUGGGAUAGAUUCAAACUUGAAAGUCAAAUUCGACCAUCAUGUACCAGCGACUUUGUAGAAUUGUAUGAAAUAGAUGAUGAUAACGAGCGUAGUUUACUUGGUCGUUACUGUGGUUUUACUAUUCCACCCGCUCUCAUUUCUUCUACUAAUAGAAUCAUGAUCAAAUUUGAAUCAGAUAAUAGCAUAAGGGAAACUGGUUUUGCUUUAUCAUAUUCCUUUGUAGAUGAAAGAUCGCACUGUGGCGCAUUCUUAGUAAAGUCUCAUGGUGUCAUAUACUCCCCUGGAUGGCCACAUGUAUACGAGCCUAAUCGCGACUGUAUUUGGACAAUUACUGUGCCUAUUGGGCAGCAAAUUAAGUUAAAUAUAUCCCAGUUUGACUUGGAACGUCCCAUACGUGAUAAAUGUGAUCUUGGAGAUUACUUAGAAAUAAGAAACGGAGCGACAGAACAAACCCCUCUUAUAGGCAAAUAUUGUGGUAAAUUCAAAUCAAAACGUAUUAUAUCGGCAGCGAAUACUUUGUAUUUGCAUUUCCAUUCAGAUUUUUAUUUAACAGGCCGUGGCUUCAAAAUUGAAUGGGAUGGCACCAUAACAGGAUGCGGUGGCACACUCACUAGUGCGAACGGAUCUAUUUCGUCACCUAAUUAUCCUAAUAAUUACAAUGAAAAUGCAGAAUGUUUUUACAGAAUUGUUACGAGUGCCGGAUCUCGAAUACGGAUUUCCUUUACUGAUUUAGAUUUGGAAAAGACUCUGCAUUGCAUGGACGACUACGUCGAAAUAUUUGACGGUAGAGAUACAAGCGCUUUAAGUUUAGGAAAACACUGUAACAUGUCUCAAGCUUUAAGAAAUAUUGAAACGUCUGGAAACUACGCUUACAUUAAAUUUCGAUCAGAUUUUUACAUAAGUAGUAAAGGGUUUCUACUAAACUAUAAUACUGUCUGUCAACGUAACCUUACAGGGAAUUAUGGCGUCAUUGAAAGUCCAGGCUAUCCCAGUAAUUACCCUCAUUAUGCCAAUUGUCUAUGGACUAUUACAGUUCCAAGAGGAAAUAAAAUUAACGUAACCUUUACACACUUUGACAUAUUUAAGUCACAUCGAAAUUUUGCCUGGAGGAGGUUAGAAACUUAUGUACAAGUUCGUCCACAUGUAGAUACUUGUGAUACAGAUUUUGUUCAAAUAAGUGAAACGGAUGGUACGUCCGUAACAGAAAAGCUUUGUGGAGCUACAUUGCCUAAACAAAUAAAUGUUCAAAGUAAUAUUCUAAAUAUCAAAUUUAAAUCAGGCGGUUAUUUCAGUAGAAGUGGUUUCCGCCUGGAGUGGGUUAAAGAUGGUUGCGGUGGUCACAUUCAAAAGAUAUUUGGUGCCUUGUCAUUGGAUAAGAGAAUGAAUGUCGCUGAAAAUGAAAUAAACUGCGAAUGGAUAAUAGAAACGCCUCUUGGUACAAGUGCUAAAAUAACGUUCACAGAGUUGCAUAUGUACGACAGUAAAAAUUGCACAGAAGAUGCGAUUGAGGUAUACAAUGGACAAAGUGUCGAUGCGCCCCUCAUAACGAAAAUUUGUCAUCGUUAUUCGGGGAUGGUCCAAGGAAGUUCUAAUGUUCUAUUAGUAAGAUUUAUCAAAAAGUCUUCUCUUAGGAAUGUAUUUUUUAACUCUUAUUUUGAUUCAUUUAGAUCUGGGUGCGGCGGUAAAAUAACUGCGCCCUCUGGUAUUAUUUACUCAAAAAAUUACCCAAAAAAUUAUGAUGAUAAUUUAGAUUGCAUAUGGUCCAUAACAGUACCCAAAAAUCAUCGAAUAAAAUUACAAAUGCUAGAAUUUGAUUUAUAUUCCGAAGAUAAUGACGAUUCGUCAUCUUGCGAAGACUUGGUUAACAUAUACGAAACAAGUAAUAUUUUGGACUCCAAUUACACUUAUCAUGUUUGCCCUAAGACGAAUAUAUCGGAAAUUGUAUCGAAGUCCAACGAAAUGAGCCUUCAAUUUCUUACAAAUGGGUAUGGGACUGCAAAAGGAUUCAAGGCAUCUUUUGUUAUGAUAUGCGGUGCUCGCAUCACAGCCGCUCGUGACGGAGUAAUUAAUAAUAAAUUUUUGCAAGAAUCUAAUGAAACUUGUACAUGGACCUUGCUAGCUCCUACACCCAAUUUAAAAAUUAAACUAACUAUAACACACCUGUCGAUUCCCAAAUAUACGUUAGAUAGUACAAAUACAAGUAGGUCAUGUCCAGCAUCAUUUCUGAGAUUACUCGAUGGUGACGAUGAGGAUUCACCUUUGAUUGAUGAAUACUGUGGAAAUAAAGUCCCUCCAAUGAUCGUAAGUCAUGGUAGUGCAAUGACCAUACAACUUGGAACUUACGUUGGUAAAAUUUCAGGACAAUUUUCAGCACACUAUACUACUUUAACCUCGGCUUGUGGAGGAACAUUAACAUCGGAAGAAGGUACUAUCGCUUCGCCAAAUUAUCCCCAAUCAUAUCCUCCUGAAUCUGAUUGUGAAUGGAUUUUAAGCACAUCACCUGGCAAUAAAGUAUACAUAACGUUUGAAGAGCUAAACAUAGAAAAUUCAGAAGGAUGCAAUGAAGAUUAUUUAGAAGUUCGUGAAGAUAAUGGCGGCGGCAGACUAAUUGGAGCAUUCUGUGGAAAUGUUUUACCAACGAACACAACAUCUGCAAGUAAACUCUAUAUAAAAUUUCAUAGUGAUAGUAGAGACACAGGUCGGGGCUUUCUAAUACACUAUGGAUUUUUGCAUGGAAAUGAUAUAAUUGGAUUGACAAGAGGUGAAAUAACAUCACCUUUGUAUCCCAAUACGUACGAGGGCCGUGCUGAAUAUACAUGGCGUAUAACUAUAAAAAACCCUUCAAUAAUCGCUUUAAGUAUUGACAAGUUGGAAAUUCAUAACCAUGGGACAACUUGUCAAAAUUACUUAGCAUUUUAUGACGGUUACAAUGAAGAAGCUCCGCUUUUAGAACUGAUGUGUGGAAUAAUCACAAACCAAAUUAAAUCUCUUAAAACAACUUCAUCUGUGGUUUACAUCAAAUUGCAUUUGGAAGCAUCAAAUAUCGGUUCUCUUUUCCAUUUACACUGGGAGCAAGCUGAUAAGGAUGAAGGAAUUGAAAUCAGUGAUAAAGCUAAUUGUGGAUUUAAUCAUACAGAAAUUAUAGCCCCAGGACGUAGUGUGUCUUUCACCUCACCUAAUUAUCCCCUCCCGUACGAUAAUGACUUAAACUGCGUUUGGAUUUUUAAAUCAACAGUCGGACGUCACUUACUAUUAUCCUUCCAAGAUAUGUUUUUAGAAGAGACACAAAAUUGUUUUGCGGACAAAGUGAACAUAUUUUCUUCAAAUUCUCUAGAUCAAUGGACUCCUUUGAAAGAAAAUGUUUGUGAAUAUAAAGCAAUAAAGAUGUCAAUGAAUGCAACCACUUAUCUAAAGGUACAAUUUAAAACAGAUAAUUCAGUAAAUCAAAAAGGCUUUUCAGCUAAGGUUUCAUCAAUGUGUGGAGGUGAACUUUUUAAUUCAGGAGUGAUAGAGCCGACUUGGUUGGAUAUGCAAAACAUAUUUUCAAGUAUGAUGCGAUGUGAAUGGAAAGUGAAAGUGCGACCUGGGCGAAAUGUAAAAAUUGUCUUUGAAAAUUUCAAUAUCACAAGUACCGAUUGCUCUUCGUAUGUUAUAAUACAUAACGGUGAAACUAGAGAUUCGCCUUUAUUAGGUGAUGGAAGAUAUUGCGGCUAUACACAUGAAAAAUUAAAUGACAUAACUUCAUCCAGUAAUGCCGUAUUUAUAAGUUCUGUAAUGCACGUAUCAAGGGAUUCCCUGGGGACUUUUAGAAAUUUCAAAUUACGAUUUGAAGAAUUAAAUCAUGUAUGUGGUGUAACAUCUUCAUUGGAUGUUGAUCAUCCAUGGGAAGUCAUAUCUUCACCAAAUUAUCCUUACGUGCCUCCACCUUAUACCGAGUGCGUUUGGGUAUUCAUUGGUCCUCCGGGUGAAAUUUUACGUAUCGAUUUUAUUGAAAGGUUUGACUUAGAAAAAUCAGAUUCUUGUAUUUCAGAAUAUGUAGAGAUCCGUGAAGGUUCUACUAUAAAUUCUCCAGUAAAAGGUAGGUAUUGUGGUGAUAAGCCUGGUACAAUAAAAACUAGCAACAAUAUAAUGUAUAUUAAGUAUUCAACGCAAUUAUUAGAACCGAGAAAUGGAUUUAAAGCUAAUAUUUCUAUAGAUGUCUGCGGUGGGACUAUUGUGGCAACCGAAGGCACUUUGGAGUCACCGGGUUACCCACAAAUGCCGGUUUUACCGUAUGGUACAAUUUGUAAAUGGAAUAUCAUUGGGCCUUCGGUAUAUAGUUUAAAACUGCAACUAAAAGAUUUAAAUCUUCCUGACUCUGUGGAACCUUGUGCUACAAAACUUACAAUUAGCGAAAAUUCUAUACCAGUAAAUAAUACUAUUACUAUUUUAAAAGAAUAUUGUAGCGACGAUAUAGAAGAAUAUUCAACACCUAUUGAUUCUUUUACUAAUCAAGUUAUAGUCGCAUUAUCUAUUGGAAAGCCGAAUGAUUGGGAUCAAAUUACUGAUAACAGAGGAUUUAAACUGACGUUUAGUUCCUGGAGGCCCACAUGCGGUGGCACUGUUACAACAUCAGAAGGAUAUCUUACUACACCAGGCUACCCCAGGCUAACAACAUUAAGGUUUUGUCAAUGGAAAAUUAAACUACCUAAUUCUAACAGACGUGUACGCCUAGAACUCUUAGACUUCGAUAUAGACAAUCAUCGCAUUGGAAUAUACAACGAUGUGCAAUUUCAAACUCUGAUUGAAAAAAUACCUGGUACAAAUUAUUCUACUACAAAUAAAGUGUUUGAAUCAUCUGGAAGUACUUUAGGAAUUUAUGUGUGGUUAAAGCCGUUGGGUACAAAAACUCACCGAUUCAAAGCUCAAUUUACUUCAAAUGACGAAGCAAUGUGUGGAGGUGAAUUAAGUGGUAUCACGGGAGAAUUGUUGGAUCCAGAUCUCCAACGUUCGUACUUAUGUUCGUGGCAUUACAGUUACGACGAUGUUGAGAAUAACUCUAAUUUUCAAUAUAAUACGAUGGUUAUUCAAGCUAAUGUUAAUAAUCCAUCUAUUAAAAAAAGUUGCCGCUUUUCCGAGCCUCGUUUAACUAUAAAAUCUAUUAUUAUGGAAGACCUCGCAAUCACUCGAACUAUUUGUGGAGGCAAUAAAGAAGAAACUUAUAGGCUUCCGUCAAACAUCUUGGAUCUUACAGCUGUAAGAAAUAAGGACAAAAACUUGAGUUUUCAUCUUAAAUGGAAGUUACAACCGUGUGGGGGAAUCGUUUACGUGAAUGAAGAAAUGAUAAAUGUUUUGAAUUUAACGAGUAAUAGUAACGUUUCGAUAGAUUGUGCAUGGGUACUUGUCGCACCUGUAAAUAGUAAGAUUGAAAUUAAAUUAGAGGGCGAAUUUCAAUUGGAAUGCUCCAAUGAAUUUAUACAAAUAAGUCGAGGUACUGGAAUGUUGACAGCAAUAAUUGGUGAUUAUUGUAAAGAUAGAAUUCCACAAAAUCCUUUAGUUACAACUUAUAGGUAUACGUUUGUUGAAUAUCACUCAAAUGCUAAGAAUAACACUAAAAUAAAAUUAAUUGUCAAAACAGCUACAAAUCAAUGUGGAGGAAUACUAACAAAACAUGAACGUCAAUUUUCAUCGCCUAACUUUCCUAAUAAUUAUAUUGAAAAUCAAGAAUGCAUCUGGGAAAUUAAAGCAGAAAUUGGUUAUAGAGUAUCUCUUCAGUUUGUUGAACGUUUCGUAAUUGAAGAUACACCAAAUUGCACUAAAGACGCGUUAAUUAUAUAUGACUGGAAAGACGACAUGUAUACUGAAGUUGCAAAACUUUGUGGCCGGCGACUACCACCGGCGUAUAACUCGACUUUCAAUCAAAUGAAAGUGGUCUUCCGCACCAAUUCUGAGAUUAACCUGGAUGGAUUUAGAGCUCACUGGUCUUCUAUUUGUGGUGGUAUUUAUAAAGCCACUGAAAAAGAACAAAUACUGUACAGUCCAGGCUAUAACAACGGAUAUUUGCCUUCAUUGAAAUGCGAAUACCAAUUUAUAGCAACAGAUAAUAGGGUUGAAUUGAAAUUUUUAACUUUUGACAUCGAAGGUACGUAUCCAUUAUGUGAAUAUGACAACGUUACUUUGUCAGCGCACAGUCAGUAUGACUAUUUUAACGAGGUAUACUGCGGACAAGAAAUUCCGCCUCCCUUAAAAAACGUUGAUGAAGUCCAAAUGGUUUUAAGUACUGAUAGAUAUAGUAGUAGAAAGGGAUUUAAAUUGUCUUAUUCUAUUUAUAAUUGUGGGGGGAAUGUUAGUAAUAAUAGUCAUGUUAUUAAAUUUGACAAAUAUGAACGAGAUUUAAAUUGCAGUUGGAUUAUACAAGCCCCAGUUAAUAAAAUUGUCGUAUUGAGAUUUGAUUACAUCGAUUUAGAGAGUAAUCCGGAUUGCUACAAUGAUUACAUCGCAGUAUAUAAUGGAUUGAGUAUCGAUAAUAAUAAACGCCUUGCAUUGAUGUGCGGAAAUUUGAACUCUAGUACAAUAAUUAGGAGCAGCGGAAACGAAGUUCUCUUACAAUUUGUUACCGACAGCAGCGUUACAUAUACAGGGUUUAAAGUUGAAAUUAUUUUCAGUUACUCGGAAUCUACUGGAUGUGGGGGGCAAAUAGAUUUAAGCCCUACAUCAAGUCAUACCUUAAAAUCACCUCUUAUAGGAAAUAGUUUUGUAUAUGAGAAUUAUUUAGAUUGUACAUGGACUAUAAAAGCGCCGCAUGAUUAUGUCGUUAAUGUUGAAUUUAUAUCUUUCCACGUAUCUUCUUGCUACAAUGUAAAUCAGACGGCUAUAGGAAUCAGCACGUGUAACUGUGACUUCGUUGAGUUCAGGGACGGAAUAAAUCCAAACAGUUUAAUUAUAGGCACUUAUUGUGGUCAUACUUUGCCACCACAAAUACAUUCGACUUACGAAUACAUGUCUGUUAGGCUUGCUACAGACGGUGAGAUUGCUAGCUCGGGUUUUGAAGCUGUAUUAUCGGCAAAAGAAUCGCUUUGUGGCCAAAGUGUGUUUACAGUUACAAAUAACGUUCAAACUCUGAAAUCACCAAGAUACGAUUCUGGCUUUGUUCCACGUGACUUACAUUGCUCGUAUCAUUUAAGAGCUGACAGGUACGCUUCAAUACGUAUAUCAAUAAAGAAUUUAGAUUUGCAAUCGGGUUCUUCGGAUACAAAUAAAUGUAAUAACGAUUAUUUGUUAAUAACAAGCAACGCUUACCCUUAUAAUAAUAUAUCCAUCGGAAGUAACUUUAUUUUGAAUCCAGAUGUUAAUUCCUUUUUCCAAAUUUCAAGUUUUUAUGAACAAACAUUUCCCAGAACUGCGGUAUUUUGUGGAGUUAAAAAAUCAGUUGAUUUAUAUGUAUACGGAGAAAUUUCAAUGUAUUUAAAAACUACAUCAGAAUCAAGCAGAAGUUACAGAGGGUUUGACAUAGAAUUCGUUAAUUCCGGUUUCUGUGGAAGAAAUUACACCGAUACACAAGGUAGGAUAAAGUCUAUGUAUCCAUUGCCAGACGAUUCUAUGGAUUGCUAUACGCUUAUCACAGCUCCUGAACAUCACACAGUUGCACUAUACUUUAUUUUCAUUUCACCCGAUUAUGACAAUGACGCUGUAUAUCUUAAGAUAUUUGAUGGCGCCAAUACAACAAGUCCACUUUUAGCUAGGUUUGCAAAGGAAGGCGUAGCUUACGUUGCAGUUUUUUCAACGGGCAGGAGCUUAUUGUUGCAUAACCACGGCGAAAACAGUCGAAUAUUAUCGUUUGAUUCGACAUUUGUUUCUACAGACAAAGGUCGCGGAUGUGGUGGAAAGCUGAAUAACGUGGUAGGUAGAAUUAUGAGCCCUCUAUAUCCGGAAGUUUAUCGUCAGAAAAGUACAUGUGAAUGGGAGUUAGAAACCCCACAUGGAACACGUUUGGCGGUACAUUUUGAAGUAUUCGAUCUCGGUAUUGUAUGCGAUAAAAACUAUGUUCAACUAGCAGAUAGAAACGGCAACACAAUAUAUACUUAUUGUUCUGAAACACCCGCGGAUUAUAUAAGUUCAGAUAAUUAUGUUAAAAUAAUAUUUAUAACUGAUAUGAAUAACGGUGGGACUGGUUGGGUUGCAGAUUUUGCUGCAUUAGCCAAAUCUUGAUUGUUAUAAGUACUUCAUGCAGAUGCUAAAAUCUAUAACCUUUUGUUAUAAGUAAAAAUAGUUAUUUUAUUUUAGCUUUUAAUUAUAUAAUUAAAACUAAUUAAAUUAAACUAUUGAAAUGUGUGUUCUGAUAUAUCCUAUUAUGUGUAUAUACAACAAUAAAACUGUCGUAGUAUCUAAUUGUCAAUUUAAAACAUAAUAUAUAAGUAUGUAUUUCAAACAUUGUAACUUUUAGCAAAUUAUAUAAUAAGCCUGAUGAAAUACGCUGUUUAUUGUAUCAAGAGUGUUAACUAUUUGAAUAAAAUAAAAAAUAAUUAAAGUAAC